AUGCAAUCCCACGCCAUGAAUGCUCUCAAAUGCAAUCACUUUUGGCCAAAUCGGCUAUUGUUUAGCCACAGUCUGAGACCAGUUUGCGGUCAAACUCGAUGGUUAAGCGGUGAUAAUAGAGUGAGACUGUCGUACGACAUGCAAAGUGUCAUCGAUGGUCAACAAUCAUCGCUUCCGCCGAUUCUCAUAUUUCACGGCCUCUUCGGCAGCAAAAACAACUGGAAGUCUAUCUCGAAGUCCAUAUCGUCGAGAACUGGUCGCUCUGUCUAUGCGUUGGAUCUGCGAAACCACGGCUUAAGUCCGCACACAUCGGGAACCGAUAGCACUCUAAAAGCGAUGGCCACUGAUAUUCAGCUAUUUCUGGAGGAAAAUAAUUUGAAGACAGCGACACUGAUUGGCCACAGUCUCGGCGGUCGAGUUGUAAUGCAAUUCUCAUUUCUGUGGCCUGAAUCGGUGGAGAAGUUGGUUGUGGUGGACAUCAGUCCCCUCUCAUCGCUACCCAAAGUAUUCUUCACGAAAUCCACAUUCACUGACCAAAUGUCUAAAGCGAUUGAAGGCAUACCGAAAAACACGAGUCUAUGGGAGGCCCGCAAACUGGUCAACGAGAAUCUCAAGCCAUUUGUUUCCGACCAAUUCAUUCGCGGAUUCUUUUUGAUGAGUUUAGACAAGAAUUCCGAGACAUCGCAACUUCCAUUCACUGGACAGACAUUUCUAAUUCACGGACAGAAUUCAGAAUAUGUUAAAUUAGAUGAUUAUAAGGCUAUUCGUGAACUCAUACCUAACAUACAGUUUGAAUGUAUGGCCGGAACCGGGCAUUACCUUCACGUCGAAAAACCCAAUCAAUUCGUCGAUUCUGGUUCGAUCCUAAGCAGCCCUUUGGUCCCCAAUUUGUCCAACAAAAGAGUUGAUCCAUUAGAGGAUCUGCUUCUGGAAAACUUGCCGAUCACUAAAGAUUGGGGACAUAAGGUAUGGCUCGAUAAGCAAAAGAUCGGCGGAUACUCUGUGGUGAAUACCGAGUAUAAGAGCGGUCACUCGGAACUCAAAUACUUGGACAUACCAUCGCGUGAUAUGUCUUAUAAUUUGCUCAACGGUUAUACUAUUGACUAUAACUGUGAACACGAGUGCGUAAUGUCUUUCACUGCGGGAAAACUUUUGCAAUGGAUAUCAAACGAAGGCCAAGAGUUUAUGGCCGGCGGCGAUAAGCUGUUGGACACGGACUUCGUGUCCGGCCGAUGGCUCUUAUCAUACAUAAUGACAUUCCCGUACGAAAGGAUGUCCAGUAAAAUACUAUUGGCCACAAAAUUUCGGGGAAAUAUAUACAUGUGUUGGAAAAAUCACAGCCCAUUGAACACCGCAUCCAUUGACGACUCAUUGAAGCAUAACUUUUCUGAGCGACGAUUCAAACAGUAUCUGACCACUAGUGCUCCCGACGCGAGCCGUGACCGCAAUCAGUUUGACCCCGACUUUAGCUAUUAUAACGCUGUUGUCCGCACACAACUCUGCAACAGUAGAAACAGCGAAGUGGUAACUAUUGACGACCCGUAUGUUGUCUAUCGGUUUGAUUUCAUACCAACCGAACCCAUCACUUGCAUCCGAUUAGCAGAACCGGGAGAAUAUCAAGUGCUUCCCGAGUGGUAUAUCAAGGAAUUUAAAAUUUAG